CACCUCCCUCUAGAUCUCCUCUCUCUAAGAUCCGGAUUCAUGAUGAGUCGCUUUCCACACCGGAACGGUACCCAUGUGGUCCUUCUCGUGCACCGCCGUACUCGAGCCGAUUUAAUAGACCUUACACAGCAUCCUUAUGUCACGGGCAGAUUGCCGAUUCGACCGAUUGCCAUUACUGAUCCGUGAUCAUUGGGCGCUGGGCAACAAUGGACUGACUGCCUUAUGGAGAAGGCGCAGGGCUAGGACAUGCAUCUCUUGACUCACCAUACUUGCAGAAGGAUUAGAGUGUGUUCAGGAAGAAGUAUACGGCGACUAACUGAGUACUCUGUCUUCACUGCUUGUAUACGGCGACUAACACUGAGUACUCUGUGUUCAGUGCUUAUAUCAUGGUCUCUGACGGCCCGUGAAACAUUGCUGAAACCUCCCGCCAUGAACGGAAUGAUUACUUUCAAUUGUGUCGAGCGCCGGAACUCAUUCGUGUUGUCUUGCUUUGACGUGUCAUGUUUUAUUCAUCCUGAUGCAGCCGUUCAAGCUAAACUACGGAUAAAAAUGCGAUCGACAGCAGCACAAUCCCUCCAGCGCCGGUCGCACAACACCCUCACCACAAUCACACCUACCUUAUCGUCCUACCUUAGACGCUCUACUUCAUCCCUACUUUCAACACUCUACUUCAUCCCUACUUUCAACACUCUACUUCAUCCCUACUUUCAACACUCUACUUCAUCCCUACUUUCAACACUCUACUUCAUCCCUACUUUCAACACUCUACUUCAUUACAAUGCAAAUUCUCAAGUUCCUUCUCGCGGUGCUCUCUUUCUCCGUCCUUGCGACAUCGCUUCCCGUACAUACCAGUGGAUCCGGAAGCCUCGCCCUGCGCAAUGCUGACCUCGAGGAGCGCUCAACUGCAAGUGGACUGGAUGGCUCCAAAGACGUUCUAGCUCGCUCCUUUGAUGACGUCGACUCCGACCUAGAAGCUCGAGAAGAUGAGGACCUGUGCUCGAUGUGUAUGGAUCCGAAGGCGGAAUACUCCAACUGUCCCAAUGGACAGCAUCACCCUGCUCAUGCCAAAUGCUUGGCACACUUGAUCCAGCAUCAGUUCAACGAAGGACAGGAACUCACAUGCCCUACAUGCAGAACGAGUACCACUACCCUGUUGCAAAACGUAAAGAACGAACCCAACCAAGCCACGUCGUCGGCCAAGAAGGAACCCGCGCCGAAGGAAGCCACGUUGUCGGCCAAGAAGAUAAUGCUGAAACCCGCGCCGAGGAAAGCGGUGUCGAAUAGACCCGGGCCGUCGAAAUCCGCGCGGGGGAGAGCACGGAAGAGAGCCGCACGUAAGACAGCCCAGGCCAAACGUAAAGACGUCGAGUCGGAAUAGGAGUUCGAGAUGCGCGACUUUUCGAACUGAUUCAGAACAAGAACCGUCCUCCCUCCCCCCACCCGUCGCAUCCGCACCCCCCUGGAAGAAGCUGAGGAAGAAGUGGCUGACAGGGGAAGUGGUGAGCAGCAGUCUGGACUCUAUCACCUUCUAAACCAUGUACAUACAAAGAUUGUAGCAUAAAUCGAUGA